AACAUAUUAUUAAAAGGAAGAAAACCCAUCUUCAACACCAUUAUGGUGUUUUUAACUUCAAAGGCUUAUUCUGUAUGCAUCAUUUGAUUAAAUUUCCUCCCAAACCAUGGGAAAUAUGAGUGAUUAUCACCUUGUUAUUGUUAUUGAUAAAUAGUAGCUACUACUUAUUUAGCACUAACUCUGUAUCUGGAAUUGUGUGAAACACCCUAUCGUAGUGGAACCUAACGAUAGCCUCAGGAGGCUGGAAUUCAUGUUAUCCCCAUUUUACAGAUAAUAUGUGAUAUAAGUAACAUAACAUGCCAAGAUUACACAGCCAGUACAUAGGAGACCUGGAAUUCAAGCCCUAGUUAAACUGCUUUGACGUCAAGCCUGAGUGUUAACUCUCUAUGGUAUGUUGCCAUGCUAUUUUAUAGAUGGAAGGCCUGGUGAUGCUAAAAGUUUAAAAAAAUUGCCCUACGUCACAAAAUUCGCUCUUAAUGCCUUCCAACUGAAAUGCCAAACAUUUUUUAUUAUUCUUUGUUGUCUUCAGGACUGCUCCUAGCUUAUGUGGUACUCUUUGAAAAUUAAACAAAGAGGGAUCCUCCUCCCUUCCCAAACCCACAGAAUAGCCAAUUUUGAAAGAUAGCACACUUUUUUUUUUUCAGUCUGACACUGCUUUAUUCUGGGAUCACAUGGAUGGCUGAGGGGAAUGUGGGUAUGAUACUCCAGCACCUUUGUGCAAGGUGCAAUGCUCAGAGCCAUAAGGAGUGAGUGACCCCAGUCGUGCUCAUUUAAAGGAAUAGCUGGGCAAUCCUAGAUAACAUUAAGGGAGAUAUCCAAGAGCUUUCUGGAAGUAUGUGCUCUUAGGAGCUGUAAGGAAGUAAAAUUUUGACCCCAUUAAUUACAUUUCUAACAUGAUCAAACAUCUUUCCUUCACUGCCAACAAACAUGUUUAAGAAGAUAUAAUCUGGCAGCAGUUAGGCUAAAACUCCCCUGAAGCCAAAAUGUGUCACUUCUCAAAACCACCCUCAUCUUCACAAGCCCUUUAAGAAGAGUUGAGGAUUAUUUAUGAACUAGGUUUUAACUAUAGGGUGAUAUAUUGUGCUGCAGUUGUUACUGAGCUUAGGGAUGAUUUUGUCUAUUCAUUUCAGAUUACCAUUAGGUUCUUUUUCAAAAUCAAUUCCUUUUCAUUAUGCAGCUACCCUGGGCAAAUAUCAAAUGUCUUACAGCAUGGAUAUACUUUCCACUGAAAUACUGACGAUAUAAUAGAUUAAAUGUGCAACUAACAAGAGGAAUAAAAACCCACACACAGUUUAAGUAUAAAAUGAGUACACUGAUACUAACAAAAGAGAUUUUUUAAAAAGUCUGUAAUUGGGGAUGCGGUGGUUUGAGACCCUCAUGAAUUUUUAGCUUGGAGGAUAUCUUAUCAAACCAAAGAACCCUGAGGACAUGCAUGAAAACAAUCUCCUACUCACAGCUUUGUUGCCUGAAUGGUAAGGUUGUCUUUAGGGCUUGGUCUGAUUGAUUUGAAAGAGCAUGGUCUAGAAAUUGGUUCUCAAACUGUUGGAUAACAGAAUCACCUGGGGGUCUACCUAAACAUGCAAAGGCCUAAAUCCUAUGGCUGCUUUAAUGAGCAUAGGUCUCUGUGUUUAUAAUGAGCUCUUCACUUGGCUGUACAUUAGAAUUGCUUGAGUCUCUUAUCUAGAGACUCUGAUUUCAUUAAUAGGAAGCACAGUUUGGGCAUUGGUUUUAUUCUUAAAUAAGUUCUUCAGGGGAUUCUAAUAUCAGCAAAGUUUGAGAACCACUGCUCUAGGGGCCUCGCUACCCGAUGUAUUGUCCAAAGGCCACCAACAGCAGCAGCCACAGCAGCACCAGGGAGCUUAUUAGAAAUGCAGAAUCUCAGGUCCCACCUAAAAUUACUGAAUCAGAACCCGUAUUUUACCAAGCUACCCAGGUGACGUAUAUGUCCAUUAACUCUUGAGACACACUUGUUUAGGGAGUCAGGUAGAGCUGUAUUCUUAAGCAUUUCUAGUUAGUUGGAUGACUCAGAAAAACCUCUCUGAGCUCCAGUCUCCCCACCUGUAAAAUGAGUUUGAGAGAUAACAUUACCAAUAUUACAGUUUUGCUGAGAAGAUUCUUGAAUGCAAUUCCUGAAACUCUUUGUUUAAUUCCCAGAACAGUGAAAAUCUUCAUUAAAUAUGAAGUCUCUAUUAGAAGACAGUCCCAGUGAAACUUUUUUGUACCUGUGACCCCAGAGCUAAUGAGGCCAAGCCCCACCAAUGAUCGUCAUCACAGGCAUUCCUGUUUUUCUGAUAUUUAUAAAAGUUCCUUUUAGGUAUGAGGUGAUGUUUAUUAAUUCAAAAGAACAAAUGUUCCCAGAUGCAAGUGUCUUCUACUAAAAAGAUAAAUCAUCAGAAAGCAACCUUAGCUACAGUAUCCUUGAAGGUGCAUUGUGGAAUCUUGCACUGUUGCCAACUCCUCAUCAGACAGUACUAUAUACUCAUACUGUGUUAUCCUUAAUUUUUCCCUUUAGAUCUUACUUUGUUAUUUAUUUCCUCCCUGGCCAAGAGCUAAUUUCUUUACAAAAAGUCAUAUAUGGUGUUCCUUUUUUCCUCCUCAAGCCAGAAACUUGUGUAAUUAAUUACUUUUUAAAAUUUCUCUAACUUUGGCCCAAAGAAAUAUUUUCUCAUUGUUCCUGUUUUGACCCCCUUGAGCUAAGACACGGAACUUACUUGUUCAGAAAUGUUUCUAUCUUACUGAAAGGGCAUGACAAUUCUUUCUUUAUAGUAUCAUUGUUUACACAUUUAAGAAAUGCCUAAAGUACUACCACAGGAGAAAUACCCUCAGCUAAUCUUUCUAAGCAGUAUGACAAUGAGUAAUGAUUACAGUUAAUUAAGUUAGGCAACCUCCAUUUCCAUUCACUUAGCAACACUGCUAAUUAUAUACUCAUGCUACCAGGGUUUUUUUUUAGUUCUUCUGUAAUUUGGAUGCAGUACUUUUUGUAGACAAGGGAAUACGGUACGAUUAAUGAGAUUUUUCCCACCAACACCUCCUGUUCUCUCCAAAUGAAAUUUCUGCAUCUGAAAAUUGAGAGUAGAGAAUGGAGAAAAAAAAAUCAGUCACAUUUUAACUUACUGCCAGCACAGUACAUGUUUAUAAUUGCCAAAUAUUUUAUAUUAAAGAAAACAAGACUAGUUUUUUUUGUGUGUGUGUUGUUGUUUGGAGCCUUGUAAAAUUGUGACUUAUGUAAAAACGAAAUAAGUAUAGAACUUGGCUUUUUAAAAAUAUCAGUAGCAAUGAUAAUGACACUUCAUAUUGUAUGCUUUUGGUUGCAUUAAACAAACAUGUAUUGAUCACGUACUGUUUGCCCGGUACUGGAUCUACUAAAUUAAAAAAAAAAGCAAACCCUAACUAUAACUCUGGGUUUCUUUUACAUGAACCUCAAUCAUUUUAACAAUUUACUCUAGAGAAAACCAAGAACUUCAGCUCUACUUGGGUACAUUGUUAAUGAAGCCCUUGAAAAAAAUUAGUUUAUGUGCUUUGAUCAGAUGAGGAUUGACAUACUUAAGAGUUUUAUUUUUAAUCUGAAAAUCCACUUCAAUCUUAUGCUCUGAGUAAACAGUCAUUAGUCAAGCCUGACACAAUUCUGUUUUUUCAAGAAGCAGGAUUCAAGGUUUAACUUCAAAUACAGUUUUAAGUAAGUUAUACAGAUUAUUCCUUUUAUUUCUCUUUUAUAAAACAAAAAUCAGGGUUUAAAUGGAUGAAGUUUCAUUUUUAAUCUUCAUUUGCUUUAAGAAUUAACUUCUGCAUUGUGGCUUACACGGAGGUUAAGAUGGUUUCAGAUUUUAAAAUAUAUUUUUAAAAAUGUAUCUGGAGGAAGAUAUUUGUAUGUCAAGCACUUUUGGUUUUCCUAGGAAGUUCAAAUGUGUUUUGAGCAGCACUGGGCGUUUUUAGAGUUAUUUUCUGCUCCUAGCAUCACACAGGUGCACAACUUUCUAAGUCCAGUCUCUUCUUUAUGCUUCCUUCUCUGCUUCUUCUUUUUUUUCACUAACACCAGUUCGCAUAAAUGAGUGCCCUGUCGAGUUCUCGUGAAUACUAGACAAAAAUACAGGUGUCUUCAUAAUAAUCAGUUCCUCUAAUUCUACUUUCCAGUUUAUGCUUCAGACUCAGAUAAAUCCUAUAUAAAGCAGACGACACAGUUAUUUCUAGAGGAACUGAGGUUACUGAUUAGAAGGGAACGUAAUCAGGUAGAUUGAGCCUGUGAGGGAAGAAACCAUUGCUGUAAGAGGGGAGUGUUUGCAAAAUGCUGUCUGUGAAGCUGAAUCUGUGAAGAACACCUCACUAUUCACGGCAACCGGAGUGGAAGAAACAGGUGCAAAAAGAUUGUGUGUUUGUCUGCUUUUGUGGGGCUGGUCAGAGAUUAUGUGCCUGCUUUAUCUGUGCUUGGCUAUGACUCUACCUCCAGGUUUAUCAUACCUCAUAGAAUGUGUAAGAGAAAAGUACCAACAGGGAAAUCAGCAAAAGCUUUCCUAUGAAGGUGUAGCCAGCCUCCGCAGAAUUUGAAAUGUCUGAGGUCUCAUCUGAUGAAAGAGAAGAUGUUCAAAAGAAAACAUUCACAAAAUGGAUAAAUGCACAAUUUUCUAAGUUUGGGAAGCAGCAUAUAGAGAACCUCUUUAGUGACCUACAGGAUGGGAGACGCCUCCUAGACCUCCUCGAAGGCCUGACAGGGCAAAAACUGCCAAAAGAAAAAGGAUCCACAAGAGUUCAUGCCCUGAACAAUGUCAACAAGGCACUGCGGGUUCUGCAGAACAAUAAUGUUGAUUUAGUGAAUAUUGGAAGUACUGACAUCGUAGAUGGAAAUCAUAAACUGACUCUUGGUUUGAUUUGGAAUAUAAUCCUCCACUGGCAGGUCAAAAAUGUAAUGAAAAAUAUCAUGGCUGGAUUGCAGCAAACCAACAGUGAAAAGAUUCUCCUGAGCUGGGUCCGACAAUCAACUCGUAAUUAUCCACAGGUUAAUGUAAUCAACUUCACCACCAGCUGGUCUGAUGGCCUUGCUUUGAAUGCACUCAUCCAUAGUCAUAGGCCAGACCUGUUUGAUUGGAAUAGUGUGGUUUCCCAGCAAUCAGCCACACAACGACUGGAACAUGCAUUCAACAUCGCCAGAUAUCAAUUAGGCAUAGAGAAACUACUCGAUCCUGAAGAUGUUGCUACCACUUAUCCAGAUAAGAAGUCCAUCUUAAUGUACAUCACAUCACUCUUCCAAGUUUUGCCUCAACAAGUGAGCAUUGAAGCCAUCCAGGAAGUGGAAAUGUUGCCAAGGCCACCUAAAGUGACUAAAGAAGAACAUUAUCAGUUACAUCAUCAAAUGCACUAUUCUCAACAGAUCACAGUCAGUCUAGCACAGGGCUAUGAGAGAACUACUUCCUCUCCAAAGCCUCGAUUCAAGAGUUAUGCCUUCACACAGGCUGCUUAUGUCGCCACCUCUGACCCUACACGGAGCCCAUUUCCUGCACAGCAUUUGGAAGCUCCUGAAGACAAGUCAUUUGGCAGUUCAUUGAUGGAGAGUGAAGUCAACCUGGACCAUUACCAAACAGCUUUAGAAGAAGUACUAUCGUGGCUUCUUUCUGCCGAGGACACAUUGCAAGCACAAGGAGAGAUUUCUAAUGAUGUGGAAGUGGUGAAAGAACAAUUUCAUACUCAUGAGGGGUAUAUGAUGGAUUUGACAGCCCAUCAGGGCCGGGUUGGUAAUAUUCUACGAUUGGGAAGUCAGCUUAUUGGAACAGGGAAAUUAUCAGAAGAUGAAGAAACUGAAGUACAAGAGCAGAUGAAUCUCCUAAAUUCAAGAUGGGAAUGCCUCAGGGUAGCUAGCAUGGAAAAACAAAGCAAUUUGCAUAGAGUUUUAAUGGAUCUCCAGAAUCAGAAACUGAAAGAGUUAAAUGACUGGCUAACAAAAACAGAAGAAAGAACAAGGAAAAUGGAGGAAGAGCCCCUUGGACCCGAUCUUGAAGACCUAAAACGCCAAGUACAACAACAUAAGGUGCUUCAAGAAGAUCUAGAACAAGAGCAAGUCAGGGUCAAUUCUCUUACUCACAUGGUGGUGGUAGUUGAUGAAUCUAGUGGAGAUCAUGCAACUGCUGCUUUGGAAGAACAACUUAAGGUAUUGGGAGAUCGAUGGGCAAACAUCUGUAGGUGGACAGAAGACCGCUGGGUUCUUUUACAAGACAUCCUUCUCAAAUGGCAGCGUCUUACUGAAGAACAGUGCCUUUUUAGUGCGUGGCUUUCAGAAAAAGAAGAUGCAGUGAACAAGAUUCACACAACUGGCUUUAAGGAUCAAAAUGAAAUGUUAUCAAGUCUUCAAAAACUGGCUGUUUUAAAAGCAGAUCUAGAAAAGAAAAAACAAUCCAUGGACAAACUUUAUUCACUCAAACAAGAUCUUCUUUCAACACUGAAGAAUAAGUCAGUGACCAAAAAGACGGAAGCAUGGCUGGAAAACUUUGCUCGGUGUUGGGAUAAUUUAGUACAAAAACUUGAAAAGAGCACAGCACAGAUUUCACAGGCUGUCACCACUGCUCAGCCAUCACUGACACAGACAACUGUAAUGGAAACAGUAACUAUGGUGACCACAAGGGAGCAAAUCCUGGUAAAACAUGCUCAAGAGGAACUUCCACCACCACCUCCCCAAAAGAAGAGGCAGAUUACUGUGGAUUCUGAAAUUAGGAAAAGGUUGGAUGUUGAUAUAACUGAACUUCACAGUUGGAUUACUCGCUCAGAAGCUGUGUUGCAGAGUCCUGAAUUUGCAAUCUACCGAAAGGAAGGCAACUUCUCAGACCUAAAAGAAAAAGUCAAUGCCAUAGAGCGAGAAAAAGCCGAGAAGUUCAGAAAACUGCAAGAUGCCAGCAGAUCAUCUCAGGCCCUGGUGGAACAGAUGGUGAAUGAGGGUGUUAAUGCCGACAGCAUCAAACAAGCCUCAGAACAACUGAACAGCCGGUGGAUCGAAUUCUGUCAGUUGCUAAGUGAGAGACUUAACUGGCUGGAGUAUCAGAACAACAUCAUCACUUUCUAUAAUCAGCUACAACAAUUGGAGCAGAUGACAACUACUGCUGAAAACUGGUUGAAAAUCCAACCCACCACGCCAUCAGAGCCAGCAGCAAUUAAAAGUCAGUUAAAAAUUUGUAAGGAUGAAGUCAACCGGCUCUCAGCUCUUCAACCUCAAAUUGAACGAUUAAAAAUUCAAAGCAUAGCCCUGAAAGAGAAAGGACAAGGACCCAUGUUCCUGGAUGCAGACUUUGUGGCCUUUACAAAUCAUUUUAACCAAGUCUUUUCUGAUGUGCAGGCCAAAGAGAAAGAGCUACAGACAAUUUUUGACACUUUGCCACCCACACGCUAUCAGGAGACAAUGAGUACCAUCCGGACGUGGAUCCAGCAAUCAGAAGCCAAACUCUCUAUACCUCAACUCAGUGUCACUGAGUAUGAAAUCAUGGAGCAGAGACUCGGGGAAUUGCAGGCUUUACAAAGUUCUCUGCAAGAGCAACAAAGUGGCCUAAACUAUCUCAGCACGACUGUGAAAGAGAUGUCAAAGAAAGCACCCUCUGAAGUUAGUCGCAAAUAUCAAUCAGAAUUUGAAGAAAUUGAGGGACGCUGGAAGAAACUCUCCUCUCAGCUGGUUGAGCAUUGUCAAAAGCUAGAGGAGCAAAUGAGUAAACUCAGAAAAAUUCAGAAUCACAUACAAACCCUGAAGAAAUGGAUGGCUGAAGUUGAUGUUUUUCUGAAGGAGGAAUGGCCUGCCAUUGGGGAUUCAGAAAUUCUAAAAAAGCAGUUGAAACAGUGCAGACUUUUAGUCAAUGAUAUUCAGACAAUUCAGCCAAGUCUAAACAGUGUCAAUGAAGGUGGGAAGAAGAUAAAGAAUGAAGCAGAGCCAGAGUUUGCUUUGAGACUUGAGGCAGAACUCAAAGAACUUAACAACCAGUGGGAUCACAUGUGCCAACAGGUCUAUGCCAGAAAGGAAGCUUUGAAGGGAGGUUUGGAGAAAACUGUAAGCCUUCAGAAAGAUCUAUCAGAGAUGCAUGAAUGGAUGACACAAGCUGAAGAAGAGUACCUUGAGAGAGAUUUUGAAUAUAAAACUCCAGAUGAAUUACAGACAGCAGUUGAAGAGAUGAAGAGAGCUAAAGAAGAGGCCCAACAAAAAGAAGCAAAAGUGAAACUCCUUACUGAGUCUGUAAAUAGUGUCAUAGCUCAAGCUCCACCUGCAGCACAAGAGGCCUUAAAGAAGGAACUUGAAACUCUAACCACCAACUACCAGUGGCUCUGCACUAGGCUGAAUGGGAAGUGCAAGACUUUGGAAGAAGUUUGGGCAUGUUGGCAUGAGUUAUUGUCAUACUUGGAGAAAGCAAACAAGUGGCUAAAUGAAGUAGAAUUUAAACUUAAAACCACUGAAAACAUUCCUGGCGGAGCUGAGGAAAUCUCUGAGGUGCUAAAUUCACUGGAAAAUUUGAUGCAACAUUCAGAGGAUAACCCAAAUCAGAUUCGCAUAUUGGCACAGACCCUAACAGAUGGUGGAGUCAUGGAUGAACUGAUCAAUGAGGAACUUGAGACAUUUAAUUCUCGUUGGAGGGAACUACAUGAAGAGGCUAUAAGGAGGCAAAAGUUGCUUGAACAGAGCAUCCAGUCUGCCCAGGAGAUCGAAAAAUCCUUACACUUAAUUCAGGAGUCCCUCACAUUCAUUGACAAGCAGUUGGCAGCUUAUAUUGCAGACAAGGUGGACGCAGCUCAAAUGCCUCAGGAAGCUCAGAAAAUCCAAUCGGAUUUGACAAGUCAUGAGAUCAGUUUAGAAGAAAUGAGGAAGCAUAACCAGGGGAAGGAGGCUGCCCAAAGGGUCCUGUCCCAGAUUGAUGUUGCACAGAAAAAAUUACAAGAUGUCUCCAUGAAGUUUCGAUUAUUCCAGAAACCAGCCAAUUUUGAGCAGCGUCUACAAGAAAGUAAGAUGAUUUUAGAUGAAGUGAAGACACACUUGCCUGCAUUGGAAACAAAGAGUGUGGAACAGGAAGUAGUACAGUCACAGUUAAAUCAUUGUGUGAACUUGUAUAAGAGUCUGAGUGAAGUGAAGUCUGAAGUGGAAAUGGUGAUAAAGACUGGACGUCAGAUUGUACAGAAAAAGCAGACGGAAAAUCCCAAAGAACUUGAUGAAAGAGUAACAGCUUUGAAAUUGCAUUAUAAUGAGCUGGGAGCAAAGGUAACAGAAAGAAAACAACAGUUGGAGAAAUGCUUGAAAUUGUCCCGUAAGAUGCGAAAGGAAAUGAAUGUUUUGACAGAAUGGCUGGCAGCUACAGAUACGGAAUUGACAAAGAGAUCAGCAGUUGAAGGAAUGCCUAGUAAUUUGAAUUCUGAAGUUGCCUGGGGAAAGGCUACUCAGAAAGAGAUUGAGAAACAGAAGGUGCACCUGAAGAGUAUCACAGAGGUAGGAGAGGCCUUGAAAACAGUUCUGGGCAAGAAGGAGACACUGGUGGAAGAUAAACUCAGUCUUCUGAAUAGCAACUGGAUAGCUGUCACCUCCCGAGCGGAAGAGUGGUUAAAUCUUUUGUUGGAAUAUCAGAAACACAUGGAAACUUUUAACCAGAAUGUGGACCACAUCACAAAGUGGAUCAUUCAGGCUGAUACACUUUUGGAUGAAUCUGAGAAAAAGAAACCCCAGCAAAAAGAAGACGUGCUUAAGCGUUUAAAGGCAGAACUGAAUGACAUACGCCCAAAGGUGGACUCUACACGUGACCAAGCAGCAAACUUGAUGGCAAAUCGCGGUGACCACUGCAGGAAAUUAGUAGAGCCCCAAAUCUCAGAGCUCAACCAUCGAUUUGCAGCCAUUUCACACAGAAUUAAGACUGGAAAGGCCUCCAUUCCUUUGAAGGAAUUGGAGCAGUUUAACUCAGAUAUACAAAAAUUGCUUGAACCACUGGAGGCUGAAAUUCAGCAGGGGGUGAAUCUGAAAGAGGAAGACUUCAAUAAAGAUAUGAAUGAAGACAAUGAGGGUACUGUAAAAGAAUUGUUGCAAAGAGGAGACAACUUACAACAAAGAAUCACAGAUGAGAGAAAGCGAGAGGAAAUAAAGAUAAAACAGCAGCUGUUACAGACAAAACAUAAUGCUCUCAAGGAUUUGAGGUCUCAAAGAAGAAAAAAGGCUCUAGAAAUUUCUCAUCAGUGGUAUCAGUACAAGAGGCAGGCUGAUGAUCUCCUGAAAUGCUUGGAUGACAUUGAAAAAAAAUUAGCCAGCCUACCUGAACCCAGAGAUGAAAGAAAAGUAAAGGAAAUUGAUCGGGAAUUGCAGAAGAAGAAAGAGGAGCUGAAUGCAGUACGUAGGCAAGCUGAGGGCUUGUCUGAGGAUGGGGCCGCAAUGGCAGUGGAGCCAACUCAGAUCCAGCUCAGCAAGCGCUGGCGGGAAAUUGAGAGCAAAUUUGCUCAGUUUCGAAGACUCAACUUUGCACAAAUUCACACUGUCCGUGAAGAAAUGAUGACGGUGAUGACUGAAGAUAUGCCUUUGGAAAUUUCUUAUGUGCCUUCUACAUAUCUGACUGAGAUCACUCAUGUCUCACAAGCCCUAUCAGAAGUGGAACAACUUCUCAAUGCUUCUGACCUCUGUGCUAAGGACUUUGAAAAUCUCUUUAAACAAGAGGAGUCUUUGAAGAAUAUAAAAGAUACUCUACAACAAAUCUCAGGUCGGAUUGACGUAAUUCACAGCAAGAAGACAGCAGCAUUGCAAAGUGCCAAGCCGGUGGAAAGGGUGAAGCUACAGGAAGCUCUCUCCCAGCUUGAUUUCCAGUGGGAAAAAGUUAACAAAAUGUACAAAGACCGACAAGGGCGAUUUGACAGAUCUGUUGAGAAAUGGCGGCAUUUUCAUUACGAUAUAAAGAUAUUUAAUCAAUGGCUAACAGAAGCUGAACAGUUUCUCAGAAAGACACAAAUUCCUGAGAAUUGGGAACAUGCUAAAUACAAGUGGUAUCUUAAGGAACUCCAGGAUGGCAUCGGGCAGAGGCAAACUGUUGUCAGAACAUUGAAUGCAACUGGGGAAGAAAUAAUUCAGCAGUCCUCAAAAAUAGAUGCCAGUAUUCUACAGGAAAAAUUGGGAAGCCUAAAUCUACGGUGGCAGGAGGUCUGCAAACAGCUGUCAGAAAGAAAAAAGAGGCUAGAAGAACAAAAGAAUAUCUUGUCAGAAUUUCAAAGAGAUUUAAAUGAAUUUGUUUUAUGGUUGGAGGAAGCAGAUAACAUUGCUAGUAUCCCACCUGAACCUGGAAAUGAGCAGCAACUGAAAGAAAAGCUUGAGCAAGUCAAGUUACUGGUGGAAGAGUUGCCCCUGCGCCAGGGAAUUCUAAAACAAUUAAAUGAAACUGGAGGACCUGUGCUUGUAAGUGCUCCCAUAAGCCCAGAAGAGCAAGAUAAACUUGAAAAUAAGCUCAAGCAGACAAAUCUCCAGUGGAUAAAGGUUUCCAGAGCUUUACCUGAGAAACAAGGAGAAAUUGAAGCUCAAAUAAGAGACCUUGGGCUGCUUGAAAAAAAGCUUGAAGCCUUUGAAGACCAGUUGAAUCAUCUGCUUCUGUGGUUGUCUCCUAUUAGGAAUCAGUUGGAAAUUUAUAACCAACCAAACCAAGAAGGACCAUUUGACAUUAAGGAAACUGAAAUAGCAGUUCAAGCUAAACAACCGGAUGUGGAAGGGAUUUUGUCAAAAGGGCAGCAUUUGUACAAGGAAAAACCAGCCACUCAUCCAGUGAAGAGAAAGUUAGAAGAUCUGAGCUCUGAGUGGAAGGCGGUAAACCAUUUACUUCAAGAGCUGAGGGCAAAGCAGCCUGACCUAGCUCCUGGACUGACCACUGUUGGAGCCUCUUCUAGUCAGACUGUUACUCUGGUGACACAACCUGUGGUUACUAAGGAAACUGCCAUCUCCAAACUAGAAAUGCCAUCUUCCUUGAUGUUGGAGGUACCUGCUCUGGCAGAUUUCAACCGGGCUUGGACAGAACUUACUGAAUGGCUUUCUCUGCUUGAUCGCGUUAUAAAAUCACAGAGGGUGAUGGUGGGUGACCUUGAGGAUAUCAACGAGAUGAUCAUCAAGCAGAAGGCAACACUGCAGGAUUUGGAACAGAGGCGCCCCCAAUUGGAAGAACUCAUUACUGCUGCCCAAAAUUUGAAAAACAAGACCAGCAAUCAAGAGGCUAGAACAAUCAUUACGGAUCGAAUUGAAAGAAUUCAGAAUCAGUGGGAUGAAGUACAAGAACACCUUCAGAACCGGAGGCAGCAGUUGAAUGAAAUGUUAAAGGAUUCAACACAAUGGCUGGAAGCUAAGGAAGAAGCUGAGCAGGUCUUAGGACAGGCCAGAGCUAAACUUGAGUCAUGGAAGGAGGGUCCCUAUACAAUAGAUGCAAUCCAAAAGAAAAUCACAGAAACCAAGCAGUUGGCCAAAGACCUCCACCAAUGGCAGAUAAAUGUAGAUGUGGCAAAUGACUUGGCCCUGAAACUUCUCCGGGAUUAUUCUGCAGAUGAUACCAGAAAAGUCCACAUGAUAACAGAGAAUAUCAAUGCCUCUUGGGGAAGCAUUCAGAAAAGGGUGAGUGAGCGAGAGGCUGCUUUGGAAGAAACUCAUAGAUUACUGCAACAGUUCCCCCUGGACCUGGAAAAGUUUCUUGCCUGGCUUACAGAAGCUGAAACAACUGCCAAUGUCCUGCAGGAUGCUACCCAUAAGGAAAGGCUCCUCGAAGACUCCAAGGGAGUAAAAGAGCUGAUGAAACAAUGGCAGGACCUCCAAGGUGAAAUUGAAGCUCACACAGAUAUUUAUCACAACCUGGAUGAAAACAGCCAAAGAAUCCUGAGAUCUCUGGAAGGUUCUGAUGAUGCAGUCCUGUUACAAAGACGUUUGGAUAACAUGAACUUCAAGUGGAGCGAACUUCGGAAAAAAUCUCUCAACAUUAGGUCUCAUUUGGAAGCCAGUUCUGACCGGUGGAAGCGUCUGCACCUUUCUCUACAGGAGCUUCUGGUGUGGCUACAGCUGAAAGAUGAUGAAUUAAGCCGGCAGGCACCUAUUGGAGGCGACUUUCCAGCAGUUCAGAAGCAGAACGAUGUACAUAGGGCCUUCAAGAGGGAAUUGAAAACUAAAGAACCUGUAAUCAUGAGUACUCUUGAGACUGUACGGAUAUUUCUGACAGAGCAGCCUUUGGAAGGACUAGAGAAACUCUACCAGGAGCCCAGAGAGCUGCCUCCUGAAGAGAGAGCCCAGAAUGUCACUCGGCUCCUACGAAAGCAGGCUGAGGAGGUCAAUACUGAGUGGGAAAAAUUGAACCUGCACUCCGCUGACUGGCAGAGAAAAAUAGAUGAGGCCCUCGAAAGACUCCAGGAACUUCAGGAGGCCACGGAUGAGCUGGACCUCAAGCUGCGCCAAGCUGAGGUGAUCAAGGGAUCCUGGCAGCCCGUAGGUGAUCUCCUCAUUGACUCUCUCCAAGAUCACCUCGAGAAAGUCAAGGCACUUCGAGGAGAAGUUGCACCUCUGAGAGACAGCGUGGGGCACGUGAAUGACCUUGCUCGCCAGCUUACCACUUUGGGCAUUCAGCUCUCACCAUAUAACCUCAGCACUCUGGAAGACCUGAACACCAGAUGGAAGCUUCUGCAGGUGGCUGUGGAGGACCGAGUCAGGCAGCUGCAUGAAGCCCACAGGGACUUUGGCCCAUCGUCUCAACACUUUCUUUCCACUUCUGUCCAGGGUCCCUGGGAGAGAGCCAUCUCGCCAAACAAAGUGCCCUACUAUAUCAACCACGAGACCCAAACAACUUGCUGGGACCAUCCCAAAAUGACAGAGCUCUACCAGUCAUUAGCUGACCUGAAUAAUGUCAGGUUCUCAGCUUAUAGGACUGCCAUGAAACUCCGAAGACUGCAGAAGGCCCUUUGCCUGGAUCUCUUGAGCCUGUCAGCUGCAUGUGAUGCCUUGGACCAGCACAACCUCAAGCAAAAUGACCAGCCCAUGGAUAUCCUGCAGAUUAUUAAUUGUUUGACCACUAUUUAUGAUCGCCUGGAGCAAGAGCACAACAAUUUGGUCAACGUCCCUCUCUGCGUGGAUAUGUGUCUCAACUGGCUGCUGAAUGUUUAUGAUACGGGACGAACAGGGAGGAUCCGUGUCCUGUCUUUUAAAACUGGCAUCAUUUCCCUGUGUAAAGCACAUUUGGAAGACAAGUACAGAUACCUUUUCAAGCAAGUGGCAAGUUCAACAGGAUUUUGUGACCAGCGCAGGCUGGGCCUCCUCCUGCAUGAUUCUAUCCAAAUUCCAAGACAGUUGGGUGAAGUUGCAUCCUUUGGAGGCAGUAACAUUGAACCAAGUGUCCGGAGCUGCUUCCAAUUUGCUAAUAAUAAGCCAGAGAUUGAAGCAGCCCUCUUCCUAGACUGGAUGAGACUGGAACCUCAGUCCAUGGUGUGGCUGCCCGUCCUGCACAGAGUGGCUGCUGCAGAAACUGCCAAGCAUCAGGCCAAAUGUAACAUCUGCAAGGAGUGUCCAAUCAUUGGAUUCAGGUACAGGAGUCUAAAGCACUUUAAUUAUGACAUCUGCCAAAGCUGCUUUUUUUCUGGUCGAGUUGCAAAAGGCCAUAAAAUGCACUAUCCCAUGGUGGAAUAUUGCACUCCGACUACAUCAGGAGAAGAUGUUCGAGACUUUGCCAAGGUACUGAAAAACAAAUUUCGAACCAAAAGGUAUUUUGCGAAGCAUCCCCGAAUGGGCUACCUGCCAGUGCAGACUGUCUUAGAGGGGGACAACAUGGAAACUCCCGUUACUCUGAUCAACUUCUGGCCGGUAGAUUCUGCGCCUGCCUCGUCCCCUCAGCUCUCACACGAUGAUACUCAUUCACGCAUUGAACAUUAUGCUAGCAGGCUAGCAGAAAUGGAAAACAGCAAUGGAUCUUAUCUAAAUGAUAGCAUCUCUCCUAAUGAGAGCAUAGAUGAUGAACAUUUGUUAAUCCAGCAUUACUGCCAAAGUUUGAACCAGGACUCCCCCCUGAGCCAGCCUCGUAGUCCUGCCCAGAUCUUGAUUUCCUUAGAGAGUGAGGAAAGAGGGGAGCUAGAGAGAAUCCUAGCAGAUCUUGAGGAAGAAAACAGGAAUCUGCAAGCAGAAUAUGACCGUCUAAAGCAGCAGCAUGAACAUAAAGGCCUGUCCCCACUGCCAUCCCCUCCUGAAAUGAUGCCCACCUCUCCCCAGAGUCCCCGGGAUGCUGAGCUCAUUGCUGAGGCCAAGCUACUGCGUCAACACAAAGGCCGCCUGGAAGCCAGGAUGCAAAUCCUGGAAGACCACAAUAAACAACUGGAGUCACAGUUACAUAGGCUAAGGCAGCUGCUGGAGCAACCCCAGGCAGAGGCCAAGGUGAAUGGCACAACGGUGUCCUCUCCUUCUACCUCUCUACAGAGGUCCGACAGCAGUCAGCCUAUGCUGCUCCGAGUGGUUGGCAGUCAAACUUCAGAAUCCAUGGGUGAGGAAGAUCUUCUCAGUCCUCCCCAGGACUCAAGCACAGGGUUAGAGGAGGUGAUGGAGCAACUCAACAACUCCUUCCCUAGUUCAAGAGGAAGAAAUACCCCUGGAAAGCCAAUGAGAGAGGACACAAUGUAGGAAGCCUUUUCCACAUGGCAGAUGAUUUGGGCAGAGCGAUGGAGUCCUUAGUAUCAGUCAUGACAGAUGAAGAAGGAGCAGAAUAAAUGUUUUACAAGUCCUGAUUCCCGCAUGGUUUUUAUAAUAUUCAUACAACAAAGAGGAUUAGACAGUAAGAGUUUACAAGAAAUAAAUCUAUAUUUUUGUGAAGGGUAGUGGUACUAUACUGUAGAUUUCAGUAGUUUCUAAGUCUGUUAUUGUUUUGUUAACAAUGGCAGGUUUUACACGUCUAUGCAAUUGUACAAAAAAGUUAUAAGAAAACUACAUGUAAAAUCUUGAUAGCUAAAUAACUUGCCAUUUCUUUAUAUGGAACGCAUUUUGGGUUGUUUAAAAAUUUGUAUCAGUUAUAAAGAAAGAUUGUAAACUAAAGUGUGCUUUAUAAAAAAGUUGUUUAUAAAAACCCCUGAACACACACACACACACACACACACACACACACACACACACACACAACUUUGAGGCAGCACAUUGUUUGGCAUCCUUUUGGCGUGAUAUCCAUAUGAAAUUCAUGGCUUUUUCUUUUUUUUGCAUAUCAAAGAUAGGACUUCCUCUACCACCACCAAAUGACUACUUCACACUGCCCAUUUGAGAAUUGUCAACUGAGUGGGGCUGGCUGUGAGUUUUCAUUUUAUGUAUCUAUAUGUCUAUAAGUAUAUCAAUACUAUAGUUAUAUAGAUAGAUAUGAAUUUCUAUAGACUUUUUCCAUUUUUUUAAUGUUCCUGUCACUUCCUAAUACAAAUUGCUUCUAGUCAUCCAGGCUUACCUGCUUGGUCUAGAAUGGAUUUUCCCUGAAGCCUGAAGCCAGGAGGUAACUACGGCACUAAAACAUUUACUACAGCUCCAGAUGUUUCUCAUUUUAAACUUUCUACUGACAACUGGAGCACUGAAUUUUUUUAAAAGGAACAUGUGAACGAAUACACAGGACUUCUUAUAUCAGAGUAAUCUGUUGGUUGAUCUAUUCAGCUUUCUGCUGCUGGCAAUGCCACGAUUUAGAUUUAAUGAUGCUUCAGUGGAAAUCACAAGGUAUUUUGACCUUCUGAGCAUCAGAAGGUAUUUUUAACUCCCAAGCAGUAGUAGGACGAUGAUAGGACCGGAGGGCUAUGGAUUCCCAGCCCAUCCCUGUGAAGGAGCAGACCACUCUUGAAGGAUUGGAUGAUUGUUCAUAACCCAUAAAGUUCUCUACACUUACAACUAAAUUAUGAUGCCCUCUUCUCACAGUCAAAAGGAAGUGGGUGGUUUUGUUUUUGUUGCUGUUUUUUUUUUUAUUUAUUUUCCCAUCUCGAUGAGUUUUUAAAUGCUGCAAGACAUGAUUUAAAAUAAACUUUGGGAAAAGUUGUAAGACAUCACAUUUGUAAUACGGACAAGUAUCAACCCAGAAGCCCAAGAACUGUGUUUCCCGCCUUUGCAUUUCUCUGCAAGUAAUACCACGCAGUUUUGUAAGUAAGAAGGCAAAUCGAUUCAAAUGUUACAAAAGUAAAAGCUACUCCAAACCCUUCUUGGUAGAUUAGACAGGAUAAAUAUAUAAGCAAGCAAAAAUUGUUCAAAAAGAGGAGAAAAGCUCAAGAGGAAAAGCUAAGGACUGGUAGGAAAAAGCUUUACUCUUUAACACCAUUUUCUUCCUCUUUGAUUUUUAAAUCAUUCAUUCAGUAGAAAUCACCGUGUGACCUAUAAUUUUGCAAAUCUGUUACCUCUGACAUCAAGUGUAAUUAACUUUUGGAGAGUGGGUUUUGUCCAUUAUUUUAUUAAUAAUAAUUAACAUCAAACACGGCUUCUCAUGCUAUUUCUACCUCACUUUGGUUUUGGGGUGUUCCUGAUAAUUGUGCACACCUGAGUUCACAGCUUCAACACUUGUCUAUUGCGUGAACAUUUUUCUCCAUUUUCUUCUUCCUUUUAAUUUUCAAAAGAAAACCCAAAGCUCUUAAGGUAACAAAUUACAUGAAGAUUUGGUUUUUCUCUUGCAUUUUUUCUUUUGUGUGUGUGACACUGGACCUUUUCUUUACCCAAGGAUUUUUAAACUACAAUUUAAAACAAAGGGUUACUUUACAUCCUACUAAGAAGUUUAAGUUUCAUUCUAAAAUCAGAGGUAAAUAGAGUGCAUAAUUUUGUUUUAAUCUUUUUUUCUUUUAGACGUUAGUUCUGGAGUGAGUCUGUCAUAAUAUUUGAAUAAAAAUUGAGAGCUUUAUUGCUGCAUUUUAAGCAUAAUUUGGACAUUAUUUCGUGUUGUGUUCUUUAUAACCACCAAGUAUUAAACAGUAAAUCAUAAUCAAUGUAACUGAAGCAUAAACAUCACAUGGCAUGUUUUGUCAUUGUUUUCAGGUACUGAGUUCUUACUUGAGUAUCAUUAUAUAUUGUGUUUUAACACCAACACUGUAACAUUUACUAAUUAUUUUUUUAAACUUCAGUCUUACUGCAUUUUCACAACAUAUCAGACUUCACCAAAUAUAUGCCUUACUAUUGUAUUAUAGUACUGCUUUACUGUGUAUCUCAAUAAAGCACGCAGUUAUGUUACAAAAA